AUGAGGUGGAGGCUCGGAUUGGGGCGGGUGUGUUCGGUGAAGACCCUGACCCACAACCACUUAUACUGUGAACCGCCGACUCAGCAGCCCUCAGUCACAGCUGGCAGAACAGACGGCAUGGAGAGUCUGCCUAGUUCACAACCUGAUGACGGAGAUGAUGGACAGUCCAGUGAUUUGGUUGGUUCGGGGAUUCCCUUCCUGGACUACCGGGCAUAUGCUGAGCGCAUUUUCUUCCCCGCCCACCAGGAUUCGCCACUGAGGCGAGAUCUGGAUGUUCCUGAGAGUCGGAGGCAGACUGUGGAGCAAGGGCUGGUUCAGCUGUCCAAUCUGCUCAACAGUAACUCUUUCUCACCAAGUCACCAGGAUCCCGUACUAAGCAGCAUCUCCCCCCAAAGAGGGCCUAAGGCAGGGGGCUCCUCUCUCACCAUCAGAGGCCGGAGACUGAGGACCGGACACUCCAAUGAAGUCAGCGUCCUCAUCGGAGGAGUGUCGUGUUUUGUGCUGAACAUCCAGGACGAGCACAUCAGCUGUCUGACCAGAGGCAGCAACAGAACAGGAGAGCAUGGCAUCACUGUGCGCUUUGGAGGCACAGAGCGCCACCUGCAGGGUCUGGUGUAUCAUUACACCCCCAACCCCAACAUCUCAAUGGCUGCGCCGUCCAAAAGCUUUCUCAGUGGAGGGCGAAUCAUCAGAGUUUCUGGUCAGAACCUGGAUGUGGUCCAAGAGCCGAAGAUGAGGGUGACCCUCAGUCCUCCUGAUACUCUCCCUCCCAGGAGGAGGAGGAGGAGCAUCAAAGGGAGGAGAGGAGGGAGCCUGAACAGAGGACGGGAUCACCGGGGGCCGCUGAAGAGAUGGAGGAGGAUCGUCCCGGAGGCGGACUGCCCCGAGGGAACACUCUGCCAUGUCAAACAGUACGAGUCUGGCUGCACGCUGAACGGCUCCUCCCUCAUCUUGUGCCCGACUCCAGCGGUGGGUCCGGAGGCCAGGAGGGCCCGGGUCAAAGUUCAUUUCCUGUUGGACAGCCUCCAAUUUGACUUUGCCGCCGUGGGGAACGAAGCCUUCAGAUAUGAGCCCAACCCGCGGCUCUACCUGCUUAACCAGAACGACCCCAGCAAACCGUACCACCACAAACCCGGCAGCAUCAUCUCCGUCGAGGGAGAGAACCUGGAUCUAGCCAUCUACAAGCAUGAGGUGGAGGCUCGGAUUGGGGCGGGGGUGUGUUCGGUGAAGACCCUGACCCACAACCACUUAUACUGUGAACCGCCGACUCAGCAGCCCUCAGUCACAGCUGGCAAGAAACAGGACGGCAUGGAGAGUCUGCCUGAGUUCACAGUGAGAAUGGGGAAUCUAAACUUCUCUCUGGGCAGAGUGCAGUAUGACAGCCAGGCCCAGUCUACGUUUCCUCUGGAAGCUCAGGUGGGAGUCGGGGUGGGAGCCUCCAUCGUGGCUCUCAUUGUGCUCAUCAUAGUUCUCAUAUACAGGAGGAAGAGCAAACAGGCUAUGAGGGACUAUAAGAAGGUGCAGAUCCAGCUGGAGAACCUAGAGACGAGUGUGAGAGACCGCUGUAAGAAGGAGUUCACAGACCUGAUGACGGAGAUGAUGGACAUGUCCAGUGAUUUGGUUGGUUCGGGGAUUCCCUUCCUGGACUACCGGGCAUAUGCUGAGCGCAUUUUCUUCCCCGGCCACCAGGAGUCGCCACUGAGGCGAGAUCUGGAUGUUCCUGAGAGUCGGAGGCAGACUGUGGAGCAAGGGCUGGUUCAGCUGUCCAAUCUGCUCAACAGUAAACUCUUUCUCACCAAGUUUAUUCACACUCUGGAGGUCCAGCGGACUUUCUCCCCAAGGGACCGGGCCUAUGUGGCUUCUCUGCUGACCGUGGCCCUGCACGGUAAAUUGGAGUACUUCACAGACAUCCUGAAGACGCUGCUUAACGAUCUAGUGGAACAGUAUGUGGCCAAGAACCCCAAGCUGAUGCUCAGGAGAACGGAAUCUGUGGUUGAAAAGCUUUUGACAAACUGGAUGUCCAUCUGCCUGUUUACCUUUCUGAGGGAAUCGGCAGGGGAGUCUUUCUAUAUGCUGUUCAGAGCCAUAAAGCACCAGGUGGACAAGGGACCUGUGGACGCCGUGACAGGAAAAGCCAAGUACACACUGAAUGACAACCGGCUGCUGCGAGAGGACGUGGAGUACCGCACGCUGACCCUGAAUGUUGUGAUGCCAGCUGCAGCCACCACGGGAGGCACUACUACCCAGACGGUCCCUGCCAAAGUCCUGGACUGCGACACCAUCACCCAAGUGAAGGAGAAACUCCUGGAACAAACCUGGAAGGGAACGUCCUUUUCCCAGAGGCCGCACAUCGACUCAUUACACCUCGAGUGGCGUGCAGGUGUUGCAGGUCACCUAAUUCUAUCGGACGAGGACCUGACAUCAGUAGUACAAGGCUUAUGGAAGCGUCUUAAUACACUGCAGCACUACAAGGUUCCUGACGGAGCAACGGUCGCCCUCGUCGCCAGGAACACCAAGAAUCACCUCCACGACAGCCACGACUACAUGCCCGGAGAAAAGACCCCCAUGCUGGAUGAUAUGGAGGAGGGAGGAGUGAGGCUUUGGCAUCUGGUGAAAGCCAGCGAUGAGUCGGAGCUGCCCAAGCACCGGAGAGGUAGUGUGAGGGAGAGGGGUGGCGAGAGAGCCAAGGCUAUACCCGAGAUCUACCUCACACGCCUGCUCUCCAUGAAGGGCACACUGCAGAAGUUUGUGGAUGAUUUAUUCACCGCGAUCCUCAGCACCAGUCGUCCUGUACCGCUGGCUGUUAAAUACUUUUUCGACUUGUUGGAUGAGCAGGCUCUGCAGCACAACAUCACGGACCCUGAGACCAUCCACAUCUGGAAAACCAACAGUUUACCACUGCGGUUCUGGAUCAACAUCCUGAAGAACCCACAGUUCAUCUUUGACGUGCAGACCUCAGACCAUGUGGACGCUGUGCUGUCUGUCAUCGCCCAGACCUUUAUGGAUUCCUGCACCAUCGCUGACCACAAACUGGGACGGGACUCUCCCAUCAACAAGUUGCUGUACGCCAGAGACAUCCCGCGUUACAAGCAGAUGGUGGAGAGGUACUACGCAGACAUCCGUCAGACCAUCUCCGCCAGUGACCAGGAGAUGAACUCCGCUCUAGCAGAACUCUCUCGUAAUUAUGCUGCGGAGGUCAACUGCCUUGUGGCUUUGCAUGAGCUGUACAAGUACAUCAACAAAUACUACGAUCAAAUCAUCACAGCCCUGGAAGAGGACUCCACAGCUCAGAAGAUGCAGCUGGGUUACAGGCUCCAGCAGAUCGCUGCUGCUGUAGAAAACAAAGUCACAGACCUAUGACCCACAGGACGCGAUAGAUUUUUCCUUUAACCUCGAAGAGACGACGAUGAGCGGAGAGGCUCCUGUUGUUUCUUUUCUUUUAAGAUGGAGGACAAAGGAACAUUGUGGCACAUACAGUAAUUUUGAUGAACAGACUUUUAGUAAAGGGAGAAAUAAUCUCAAGAGGACCCCUGUCACUGGCCAUGGAGGUAAAGUGAGGCUCCCUUGGAAAGUCCACAGGUCCAAACACUGGGACUAAAGUGACACUGCUCUGAGGGGGAGAAAAAAGAAGAAAAAAAAAGUGAAAUGAAGCACAUUAAAACUAAGGAAUUUCCUCUGAAUUAUGACAUCUCUCGUAAGGAUUUCCCACGUUGCAUUCAAACUAAAGGGAGAUGUUAUGUGAAAAGAGAUGUUUCGUUUUUUUUACUCUGACUCUACGUGUCUCAUGGACUUGAAGGUUUUCUUGACAAACUGCACUGAACAUUCCUGUAAGUUUACAGCUAUACUCAUGAGUCCUCUGCUGAGGAAUGGAUGAUGUAGGUGUGCUGGAUGAAGACACAAGUUUUCUACCACUUUAAGUCAAAGUCUUACAUAAAAGGACAAAGAGACAAAGUGCUAUGGAAGCCUGAGCAACUUCUUCCCGUAUUGGAAGGAUGUUUUUAUUCUGCUUUUAGCUUCCUUUUAAAUCAUUCUAGCAAGUCUUACUCUAUGACGUUUAAUUAGCUGGUAUUGGACAGUUUGUGGAAACGGUUUCCCAGGCUUUCUUUUUUUAUAUUUUAUAAGCUUCACAUCGCCAGUUGUGCUUUUACUGCAAUUUGUAGAUGCUGCCUGUAGUUUGAACUGAAAACCAGUGUUUUUGUAAAAAAGUGUUGAUUUUCUUUUGUUGAGGACACAAAUGAAUUCUCUCAACCUCCUGCUGUUGUGAAUGUUCCUUUUCUAAGGUCAUGUUUCCCAAAUGUCGAUAUCAAUUUUGUAAGUUUUUUUUUUUUUUUUUUUAUAAUUACCCAAGAAAAUUUGGCAGAUGCGCUUUUAUCUAACUCUGAUCCGUCCGUAAGAAAACCAUGACAGUGAAAGAUUUAACUCUGUGUAGACAAAGUGUAAUCUGUACUAAUGAAAGAAUGGAUGAUUUUAUCACUUAUGAAAGAUCAGGCCUGACUUAUUGGACAAAAAUUUACAAAUAUAUGAAUAAUGUACGAAGGUAUUGAGGAAUAUUGAUGUACUUCUGCCUCUUCAGUAUUUAUUUCCCAUCCCCGUUUUCCUUUUGUGUGAUAUAUUUGUCUUCCACGGGAUGUUUUUUUACGUGCGUGACUAACAAUAGUUUUCCUUAAGUAAGUCAAAGAAAGUCCUAAAAUUGGACUGUAAAUCUGGUGACUAAUAUAAAUAACUGCUUUCGAAUUAGAUUACUACGACGUGUAUUUGGGCCUUUUGUAGGUAAAAACAUUGCGUUACGGAGCCGGUGGAGGAGGGUAAUACUCCGAGAAUCAAAGUCUUGAAUUUAGGAGAGAAAUAAACGUUUAUAUUAUCUGAGAUUAAAGUGAUACAUUUAAUAGAAAGAAUAUGCAAAUUUAUGAGAAUAAAACUCAAAUAUUCUCCCGCUAAACAGGGAAUACCACAUAUUAAACAAGUUAGUGAUGAAGUGAAGCGGUAUGGGACAUGGACCUAUGCCGUAACUAAAUCAGUGUCUUAAUGUCUCUUCAAAGUCUGGAUGCGAGUAUUUCCUUAUUAUUAUUAUUUUAUUAUUUCCUUAUUGUUAUUGUUAAAUCCCAUUGCAAAGAUUCAUUUGAUUAGGUCAUCCACUGCAGGCAAGCUGUGGCAUCUGUGGUGUAAUGAGGUUGAUCCAACCUUGCAAAGUGAAGCCACGUGGAUCCUUACAAAAAAAACAUCAGAGUAUUCUAGUUUUUGUUUUCUUGAAUUUGUGAGUUAUUCUCUUUUUCUCAGAAUAUUACCCCCCGGCUCUGUAUUUAUCUCUUUUUUUCAAAACAUUUUUUUACUUACAAUGGCCAUAAUACACCGUCAUAGAUUACUACAUAUUUAUACAGUCACUUCUCAUAAAUGCACAUUUCAUAGAUUUAUUUAAAUUGCUUUGUCUUAUUCACUUUUUUUAUUCAGUUCUCUUUUAUUUAAGUCAGGUUUGAUCUUCCAUAUGUAUAAGAUGUUUCGAGUAUUGUCUACAUUAUGUUUUAUUUUUGGAUAUUUUUUCAUGCAGCCAAGUUAUUAAUUAUCUCUUCCCCACUUGAGUCUAAUAUCUGUAACUGUUGCUAAAUCCCGUCAAUAGUAUGGGCUUUUUCAUGCUCAAGGUAAAUCGGGGAGAGUGCUGCCUCCACUGGAUGGUUAUCUUUUAGAAUUCUUCCCUUUCUCUCGAGACUUAAAUCAGACAAGAUGGUUAAUAAACAAAGGUGCCUAUUCUCCCUGUUGCUCUGUAAUGCCACAUGUGAAAAUCUAGUUUUUGUCCAAUUUAAUUUAUUUUGUAUUUAUUCUAUUGCAAAUGUUGUUUUUUUCCGGACAUAUGGAAUAAUAGUGGUUAUACCCUUCCAAAUCAAAUGCUUUAUCGUGUUGUUGUUUUUAAGAGCACAAGAGAUUUUUUUCUAUUUUUGUUUUUUUACCUUAUUGUGUGUUUCUUUCUAUCUACUCUCAAGAUAGUUGGGAGGAAUUACUACAAGUCAAAAUUAAAUGCACAUCAGCUGUGUUAAAACCC